UCCUCAUGUGGAAAACACAAGACAAAUGGCGGCGCUUGAAGGAGCUUUUCGCAAAGCGUCGUCAAAGUUCAAAAUUUCCGAGCUUAAUGCUCACCAGAAGUUUGCAAUUACAAAAAUUUUAGUCGAGAAAGAUGUUUUUGUUAACUUGCCUACAGGAUCCGGGAAAUCGUUAAUAUAUCAAGCACUCCCACUCGUGUUUGACCAUGUUACGGAUGAAAGUGGUCAUAUUGUUAUUGUUGUCUCCCCAUUGAUUAGUCUGAUGGAAGAUCAAGUGAAGUAUUUGAGAAGUCUUGGCCUGUCUGCCGUAAAUAUCUCUUCAAACUUUGAAGUUGACCGUGCAAAGAUAGAGAAAGGAGAAUAUUCAAUUGUAUAUGGCUCACCUGAAGCAUGGCUUAUGAACGAGCGAUGGCGAUGUAUGUUGAGUAACGAUAUCUACUCUAGGAAACCUUGUGCUGUUGCUGUCGAUGAAGCUCAUGUUUUACGGCACUGGUAGGUCUGACGUUUAUUUCGAUUUCCAUUGUUGACACGUUAAACUUUCCAAGGAGCAGUUUCAGUCAUA